AUGGAAGUUGUCAAUAAUACUUCUCAGUUAAAUUUGCUUAAAAUGAUUCUCUCAUCAAAUACUUUUCAUAGACAUGGCCCACAUGUUGGGCCAAUGAUUAUUCUAUUCAACGAUUCAUGCGCCAAACGCAAUGCUUUGGAACUUUGUUGGCCAGGAGGAAA